AAUGGUUGUUCUGUACUAUUAUGGAGAUUGUGGGCGGGGCAUGUGGAGGUUUUUCUCUCCCUCUCUCUCACUGUAAACUCCCAUCACUGAACUCGCACUAAAUAUCACACUCACACUUUUACACACACUCAGACACACGCACUCACACUCAGACUUUUACACACACUCACACACAGUGAGAAACUCCACGAGACGAGGAGACGAUCAGAUCAGACGUCCUUCAUCCGAACAUUGCAGCUGCACAGCUCAGGUGUGUCUGAGAUCUUCUUAUCAUGCCAGUGGUGUUCCACUCAUCCCCACUGUUUUGGUCGCGGGUGGCGGCCAUGGUGUUUGCGUGUGUAGCGUUUAGCGUAGCGCUGUACGGUGCACAUCUGAUCCACGGUACUGGAGACUGGUGUGUGUUCUGUUGGAGCUUCAGCUUUGCUGGAACACUACUGAUCCUCCUGAUAGAGCUCUGUGGCCUGCAGUCUCGUGCUCCGGUCUCCUGGAAGAACUUUCCCAUUACCUUUGCCUGCUAUGCAUCUCUGCUCUGUCUGUCAGCCUCCAUCAUCUUCCCUCUGUUCUUCCUAAAAGGUUACAGUGGACGUGAAGAAUAUGUCAACUGCAGAAUCGUCUCCACUGUCUUCUCUUGCCUUGCAACACUUGCCUACUUCAGUGAGGUCAGCCUGAGUAAGGCACGUCCAGGUGAGGUGUCUGGCUACAUGGCUACAGCGCCAGGUAUCCUGAAAGUCUGUGAGACCUUUGUCGCCUGCGUCAUCUUCGUUUUUAUCAGCGAUCCGGUGUCUUAUAACCAGAACGCAGCCACAAAAUGGUGUCUCUCAGUCUACUGCAUCUGCUUCAUCCUGUCGGCCACCAUCAUCCUCUUGUGCAUUGCAGAGUGGACGGGUCUGCUCCCUGUUUCCUUCCCACGCUUCCUAUCCACCUACGCUCUGCUCGCUGUGGCCAUGUACCUCUCUGCCACCAUCAUAUGGCCCAUUUACAAGUUCGAUGACAAACACGGAGGAACCAGCCACCGGCCUAAUGAGUGCACCUCCAUCAGGGGGCUCUGCCCUUGGGAUAAGCUCUUAUCCAUCUCCGUCCUCACGGCGCUGAACUUCCUGCUGUAUCUCGCAGAUCUGAUCUACUCCGCCAGGCUCGUCUUUGUUUCGGUUUAAUAACAGAACAACCUAACUUCGUUUUCCAAUACUCCUCCUCCUACUCAGCCCCAUCUCAAAUUACUCUCAUUAGCAUGAAUGCAGUGUGUUAGAUUAUCAUGUUCCCACAUCACUGUAGUCUCCGCCUCUUUUCUAAAGUUGUGAAAACAUUGUCUUUAAAUAAAGUUGCUGGUUAUCAAGUUUAACAGAUAACCAGGUUACAUACAUGUUCAUAGGGUUAGGGUAAGCAGGAAACACACCUCUCGCUAGUUAGUUAAAAACGUCUGUAUGAAUCGUUUAGCAGAAACCUGAAAACGCUAAGGUCAGAGAUGGAAGAGUAUUGGAAAGUGGGUGUGGUCUGAUGACAUUGUGGUGUCUGUGGUGUUCUGGUGGCUACAUGAACAUUCUUCUGUCCUGCAUCUGUUCUUGAAGGUCAGUGAGAACACCACAGACCAUGCUGAAACACUGUGUGGCUAAGCUUGAGUGUUUAUUCCUGUGUUCAUUUCGCAAUGUUUUGUGGGUUUUCUUAGUUUGAAGCGAUCAUAUGUUACCAAAGCACCUCAGAGUGAUUCUCUGAAGAAAAUUUCACAAUUCAUUUUUAUACAGUAAAACUUUUUUUAAAGUUUAUGGUGACCGUUUCUUAUUCAGCUUUUAAUAAUAUAUAAUCACAUUUAGAACUCUGAGCAGCGGUGAUUGCUACGCUGAGCGUUAGCGAUUAGUGCUAGAAUUGUUCACACUGAUGAUGAAUUUGACAGUGAACAGAGGCAUUGUGGAUUUUCCUCCUGUAAUUCCUCCAGAACCCUGAGAUGUUUCUCACGCUGAACCUCCAUUAAAACUGUUAUGUUGGUGAUUAUUAGCACACUGACAGAAUCUCAGUUGCACUUAAUAUAAUGCAGCAUGUGCUGCUAGCGCUGGUGCUAAGAAAACAUUCUGAUUCAUUUACAUGAAGAUUUUGGUGGUUAGCUAGACAUUAGCUCAUUAACUCAUUUUAUUCAUUUUCUCACAUUUAUUUUCCUAAAAAUAUAAAUUUGAACCACUUCAUGGAUUUUAGAUGGAAGCCAUUUUACAAAGGAAAUUCAAAAAGAAAAGACAUUACUGCUAAUGCUAUUACAGAUGAAAUGGGCUAAAACCAUCUUGAAGGCAGAACUAAUAAUGAAGAUGGCGAGAAACUGCAUGUAGAGUGAGAUCUUUGUGAGAUGUACAUGCCCAGACUUCAGUAUAAGUAUCUUCUGCUCUUAAAAUAAUCAGCAUCCUUUCAGUAUUCAGUAUUACAGCAUAUGUAUGCUAAUUAUGUUAAUAAUAUGCAAAUGAGGUGUUUGUAUGUAAAAAUCAGCUGUUUGUGUACUACAUUAUUACGUUGAAUCAGGUUACACACACGUGUGUUUGUUGUGGAGAGUGUGUGUGUAACAAAGGCUGUCACGGUGAUGUCAUUACUCUCACGUGGGUGCAUUGUGGGUAAACAAGCUCUAAAUAAAUAUAAAGGCAAAAGAAAAA